AUGAAAACGGCGAACCUGGACAACUUCGAUGCUAUUCACGAGGAGGUUGCGAAGGUUAUGGAGAAGGAGCUCGACAAGUGCGGAUCCAUGAAGAUCAUGAUUCAAGGGGAGCACGACAAGGGCUGGGAGCAAGUGAAGAUGCGGAUGGAGCAACUUCAAGCCGCAAAGCAAAAGAUCCAGGAGAUGGAAGAGAGCACAUGCUUAGGGUGUAGGAUUGCAGUUUCUGGGGACGUAGAGCCUUGUUCGACCCUGCCUGUCCACAUUGCAGUCGUUAGAGAUCGUUAG